UCAGUCCCAGUUGCUCACCAGAUUUCAGCCAGAGCUUGUGGUAUUUUUAUGCCACAAAAAAAAAAAAAAAUUAUUAUAAUUAUUAUAAACGUGAUUUUUAUUUAUUUCUAUGAUAUAUAGUUACACCUGUGACGCGAUUUUAUGUGUGUUGUGUUUGUAUAUUAAAUAGGUGCUUGAAAAAAAAAAAAAAAAAUAUAUAUACAUUUUAAUUAUUUAUUCAUCAAUUUGAGGAUACUAUUGUGUUGACGCGUGGAGCACAGUCAGUAACUGUAAAUUGACGCGGGCAGACUUACUCACUUUUGGCACAAGGACAUUAUUUUUUUUUUGUUAAUUUUUUUUGUGGAUAAUUGUGAUCAAUGAUUGAUAAAUAAUAUUAUAAACAUUUACAGUUUUUUUUUUGUUUAAUAAAGAGUGAUAAUGGGCAUUCAAAUGUUGAUACGAAAAAAAAAAUUUAUUAAAUAAUAUUAAAUUAAUUGUGAAGUGUAUUUAUUAUUAUUUUUCUUUGAACAUUGGAUAUAAGACUGUUUGAGAUAACGGCUUAAAUAUGCCGAAAAUAUUUUUACUCAAAAAUCGUUUGCAUCAGCAACAAUUAAAAUUACAACAACAACAACAACUCAACAACAAAUCAACAUUAGGCAGUAGUGCCCUUUUGGAUAGUAAUGAACCACUGAGUCUAACAAUCGAUAGAAAUUCCUAUCGUGAUAAAUUUGAUGAUGAUCGUGCAACAACACCAGAAUCAAUUCGUAGUAGUCCAUCAAAUUCACCACCUCCACAAUGGCAACCAACAUCACCAACAACAUCACCACCACGUAGAUUUAUAUCAAGUAUACUUGGUGGUGAUAGACCAUAUGGUAGUCGUGGACAUGUAUUAUCACGUGCUGAAAGAAAAGAUUUUAGUGGUACAAUUGUAAUACCACCUGAAAAACCAUUACCUGGUAGCUCAGAACGUAUUGAAUUACCAAAACCACCAACACCAACACCAGUACCACGUGUUGAACCACCAAAAAGAGUAUCAGUUAUACAAAGAGUACCAUCACAAUCACAAAAAGAUAAAACAAAAAUUGAACCACCUCCAUCACCAUUAAUUAGUGAACCAGAACAAGAUCAACCAAUUGAUUAUGCUGUACCAAAAAGAAAAGAUAAUGAUGGUGAUGAUGAAAGAGGUUUACGUGAAACAGCAAAAGCAUCAAAAUCAUUUGGUAAUUCAAUAUCAAGAACAAUGCUUGCAAUGCGUUUAACUGGACCACAAAUAGUACAAGCAGCUGCUGGACAUGGUAGACAAACAAAUUCAAGUGGUUCAAAUAAUUCACAAAAUACAUCAAAUAAUGGUAAUAGUGGAGGUGGUAGUGGUGGUGGUGGUUCAUUAAAUUUUAGUAGUGGUAGUGGUGGUGGUGGUGGUAUGAGUGGUGGUGGUGGUGGUUCAAUUGGUGGUGGUGCUGGUGGUGGUGGUAUGAAUCCUGGUGGUAAUGGUGGACGUGGUAAUUAUGGACCAAGUUCACCACCAACUGGUUCAUUACCACCAUUUUAUGAAUCACUUAAAGGUGGUAAUAAUUUAGCAAAUUUUGCAAAUCAAUAUGGUACACAAGAUAAUGAUUAUUUAACACCAACAACAAUUGGUAUGGAUUGUGAUAAUGGACAACAAGAUAUUAAUUCACAACAUUUACAAUAUACUGCACAAGGUGGUAAACAAUAUUCAUUAUUACAAAAUGCAUGUGCAAAUUUUGGUAUAACAUUAAAAGAAGAAGAUGAUGAUUUAACAUCAUAUAAAUUACAACCAAAUGAUUUAUUAUCUGGUCAUUAUGGUAAUUAUGAUAGUAAUGAUAAUAAUAUGAUGGCUGAUAUUGUUGCUAAUGGUAUGGUUGAUCAAUUAUCAUUUGCAGCAACAUUAACAUUUAAUUCACCAACAGAUCAUCAUGCAUUAUUACUUGAAAGUUUAAGUGAUGGUGCUGAUAUAUAUUUACCAAGAUUAUCAUCAGAUGAUAGUAAUGAAUUAUUAGAUGAUUCAUUAAAUUCACCAGCAUCAGCACAAGAUGGACAAAUUAAUGGACCAGUUGAACCAAGUGUUGAUUCAUUUCCAGAACAUAAUAUUUCAUUACGUGGUUUUGAUGGUACAACAACAAGACAUUUUAAUUCACAUCAUUAUAAUAGUGGUAAACUAUCUGGUAUAACAUAUCCAAAUGGUGAAUCAAGCUAUCAACCACUUGCCAAAGAAAGACCAGAAUUAGCACUUCAUAUUAAUCAUAAUCAUCAUCAAAAUGAUAAUACACAUUUACAACAAUUACAAAUUCAAACACAAAUACAUCAUCAUCAACAACAACAGCAACAGCAACAACAACCACCAUCAUCAGCAAAUUCACCACAUCAACAACAUCAUCAAGGCUUAUUAAGUCCUGGUCUCAGUUUUACCGGUAGUGGAUUGGAAUUAGAUUCAAAUAGCAGUGCUGCAGGAAGUAUACCAAGUCCAGAAGGUGGAAGUUGUUCAUUGGAUGGUGUAUCAGCAAGUACAUCACCAAGAUGUGGACUGAUGGAACAUACACCAAGUUUACCUGGUAUUUCAGCAACUGUAAGUUCAUCAUCAUCAUCAAAAUCAUCGUCAAUUGAUGAUAUACCAAUAACAAAACAAAGUACCAGUCAACUUUAUCAAAGGUUGGGACUACCAAAUGAUUGUCCGCUCGAGUAUGUCAAUGGUGGUCAUGGAGUUAAAAAUCCAUUGGCUGUUGAUACACAAAGACAACAACCACAAAUAAAAGAAGAAGAAAGAGCACCAGUUACAACAAAGAAUGAAGAUCCAAGUAGAUUUACAUGUCGAGUAUGCAGUAAAAAUUUCAGUCUUCAACGAUUACUUAAUCGUCAUAUGAAAUGUCACAGUGAUGUUAAACGUUAUUUAUGUUCACAUUGUGGAAAAGGAUUUAAUGAUACAUUUGAUUUAAAAAGACAUACGAGAACGCAUACUGGUGUACGUCCAUAUAAAUGUAAUCUUUGUGAAAAAAGUUUUACACAAAGAUGUUCACUUGAGAGUCAUUGUCUCAAGGUUCAUGGUGUUCAACAUCAAUAUGCAUACAAAGAAAGAAGAACAAAGGUUUAUGUUUGCGAAGACUGUGGACAUACAACACAAGAACCAGAAGUUCACUAUAUCCAUUUAAAAGAGAAGCAUCCUUUUAGUCCGGCUUUGCUGAAAUUUUAUGACAAGCGGCAUUUCAAAUUUACCAACAGCAAUUUUGCCAACAUGCUACUACAGGGCAAUAAUAAAAUAUGGUUAAUGUUGAUGGCUGUAUAAUCUUUUGACUCUAUCAUUAUAUUAUUAACUAUUAUUAUUUUGAAGAGAAAGUAUUUAUAUGAAUGUUAAUAAAAUAUAAAGUUU